CUCUCUCUCUCUCUCUCCGUCUCUCUCUGCUCCUCACCCACUUGUACCUUGUCUCUCUUAAAAUAAAUAAACUUUAGUAAAAAAAAAAAUUUUGAAAGUCUUUUUAGGAACAGAGAUUCAGUCUCUGGCCCAUGGUUAGGAGCAUGGGUCAGAAAGAUAAGGUGGGAACCCCAACUCUGUCACUUGGUAGGUAGGAGACCUCGGGCAAGCCUCCAACUCUCCAAGCCUCAGUGUCCUUCCUCAUCUGUAAAAUUGGUUGUUUUCAGAACUGGGCUGUUAUGAGGAUCUGGAUGGGAUGAGAUGAUGCAUACAAAAAGUACUUAUUACAGUGAAAGACACAUAAGAGUCCAAUAAAUGUCAUCCUUACGAGGUCAAAUUAAUUUUGUUGUCGAUUCAGAGAAGAAUGUUUGAUCAAAGAGUAGUCCUUUCUUGGUUAAAGUGACCACUUAUUCAAACAUAGGUACUAAGUACCUACAAUAUACAAGGCUCCAACAGGGGAGAGAAAGGCACUGAUGUUGUCCCUGCUGCAAAGGAGGAAGGGAUAGAUCAUGUGCACCAAGAACCACAACACAAGAGAGAGCAUACUCAGCAUCAUAAGAGAGGUACAGAUAAGUGUGUGUGCAGGUGAAGAGGGAAAGAGAACAGUGGCUGAAGGACAAGGUUUCCCAGGGAAGAACCUAUGUAAGUUACUUUAAAAGAAGGGUAGGAUUUGAGCAUGUGAUGCUGGGGGACAUGACCGAGUAAACCCAGAGACCCAAAGGCAAUGACAUAGGACUGGGGUGGGAGAGAAACUCUGAGAAAAUCUGCAAAAGCAGAUUGCCCGAUACCCAGAAUUUGUGGAGGAAAGCCUGAGAGAUGAGCCUGGCGGGUAGAUGUGCAAGGCAUGAGGAGGGAUGCCGUAAAUGGUCUCAAGUGUCAGAUGAUGAAAUCAGUAGUUGUUCACUAAGCAAUGGGGAGCUAUGUAGAGUGAGUGAACAGAGGAGUAAUGUGAUCUUAUACCUAGUCACCCUUAAUCUGUUAGCGGUGUUUGGCAGGGAUUAGAGAGGGAAGACUGGAGGAGGACAGACCACAUGGAAAUAUUUCUGAGACAACAGUCCUAAAUGAGCAAGGGGCAGAGAAGAGAAGGAGGUCUAGAAUUAGGGUCGGGCCUGUUCAGACCAGCGAGAGACACAUCAGAGAUGGAAUUCAGGAAAACUGAUAACGGACUGGUAGGAGGGGUGUGUGUGUGUGUGUGUGUGUGUGUGUGUGUGUGUGUGUGUGUCUUCCGGGUUGAGGGGAGGGGGAGUAGAUUGGCGUGGUUCAUUCUAAAGAGUGAAAGAAUUCCCGGGUGGAAAUAUUUCCACUAGGAACGCCAUGAUACUUCCGGUGCAGAAACGGUAAUGGGAAGUCUUGGGAGGAAAGAUAAAUUCGAGAAGGGAGACAGAGGGAUGAGGUUUUUGGAGCUAGGUUAAUCCCUGAAAGAAACAGCCAAUGCACCUAUCCUUAAGAUGUGUUCUGGACCUUUCCCUCCCCAGAGAGGCAGAUUGCAAAUUAAAUGCAAUAUACAUGGGUUUGUCACGGUCUAUACAAUCAUUCUAAAGUCCCGGCCGGCCCUCAGUUCCCUAAGAGAGUUACCAGUUGCUGUUCUACGUGCGAGAUACCACCUAAAAUUGGCAACAGAAAUUAAGGUCCUGCGCAGCAAAGUAUUUAUACAACUGCUGGGGCCACUCCGCGGGGUGUGGAGGCGGAGAGGGAGGAGGAGUGAAGGUUGUUUACAAACUUUACGUACAUACUCAGCACCAUUCGAAAAGUUCUGGAAUUGGUGUUUACAACCUUCGGAUCUAGGGGUGUUCUGAUGACCUGGGUUCCAGUGCCUGGUUUAUGCCCACCCCAGCCAUAACCUUCGGCAGAAUGGAAGGAUUCCUGCGCUUUGGCCCUAGGUCUUGGGGCGGCGAUGACUCACGGCAGCACCCCCUUACCCCCCCGCGCGUCAAACUGCCGUCUCCGCCCACCCCCAAACAAUCUCAACGACGAGCCGAGCCGCAGCUCCUGGCGCUUUGCUGGGGGCUGGAGGGGCUCAUCGCUGUGCUCGUAUCCCAGCAGGCUAAAACCUUCCCAGUCCUACUCUUCAAGCUUGCCUCGUUCCCCCACCGGACCCUUCCGUUGAGCAGUGGAGACAGAUGCGACAUCCCAACCGGGGACGCAGGAUCCACCAACGACAGCGCUCGGCAGGGGCAGCCAAGUGGCCCGGGCCAUCCAUGGCAUGGAAACCGUUGCCCUGCUAUACGACAGUGAACAAGAAACUGUUUCUGCUCUUGAGGAAUUCAUGUUUGGUGAAACACGCAGCAUCACUGAUAUCGUCUGUGUGGAUGGCGCCCCUGGAGCUGGGCAGUACACAGCCUGUACAACUGCAUCCUGGGGCCCCGAGUCAACAAUAUGUACUGGCUCCAUGGCAUCGCCUCUGGAAGAUCUCUGUCAUGUUCCUACAUGCAGCACGCAGCAUAUGGCAACGAUUCCCCAUGGGUGGUCUCCCCCCGCUGCUGGGAAUAGGAGGCAGCCCCAGGAGGGCGGGGAUGGAACCUAAGGCAGCUCUACACCGUCCAGAGCUGGGGCUCAGGAGUUCUUUGGCUGAAUCGGGUCAAAGAGGACUGAGUUAAAAAAUUCUGUCGCAGCACCAGCUUUGCCCUCCUCAAAGCACUAUUUUGUCUGCUCCCUGGAUCAGAGGGAAGGCACAUUGAUAGGCCAGAACAUCACAGCUCUUCUUCCCCCCCCGACAUGUCCCCAAGUAGUCCAGACAGACCACUGUAGGAGCCCAUCCUAAUAAAAUCCCACCAGAUGCCUUCGUUUGCUUCAACCUUCUUCCUGGGUUUUGUAGGCAGCAUGAAAGCCUAGUUAUGCUUCUGCAAAGAGCUUUCUUAACCAAGGGCUCUCAGAGUCUCUUCACCGUGAGCACAAGUUUUGCCCACCCAGGCGUUUGCUAACUCCACAGAACAAUUCUUAUUACCUUAGUAAUCAUGAGUUACUGAAAGAGAGGAAACGCAAAACACGAACGCUGCACCAAGGGAAAACUUGGUCAAUCGGCACCUGCCAGAAAAGCCCGGAGGGUGGGAAUGGAGUGGGGAGGCUUCCUCGGGCUCCUCCCCAGGGGGGCUGCUGCAACUUCCAAGCUGAAGGUCUUUGUGUAAGAGGUGAGGGGUGUGGUGGACCCAGAGACUUGUGGCUGGCUGGCGAACAAAGGAAGGAAAAGGGAAAGGCAAGGGUGCUUCCACUUUUCAAGGUAACAUAGUUGAACGAAUCCAAGAUUGAAUUGGCUGCAAUCACUGGUGAUUCAUUGUGAGAAUAUCACAAAGGGCCUCUUUCCCCCCAGUUUCCGCUGUAGGGAUUUCCCAGGCUAAGAGGGCAGCCCAGUUUGAGUCACCGGGUUGAAGAAACCUAGAAACGAUAACGUGAAACAGAUCAACUACACCCAUAAAGGACUGUCAACCCUGUGCCCGCAAGAAUUCUUUCAACACUAAUUUCUCUAUCAUCAAAUCUGGGUUUUUGUAAGUCUGUUUAUAAUGGGACUCCAGCUUUCUUUCUUUGCUCUGUAUCUUCCCCCUCUGAAGGGUCGGAGGGCCAUCUAAGAAAGAACUAACGAGUUGAAAUUAUCAUCAAUUAUGCUGGCUACGCAUUACCAGGUAUCACAAUGAAGAGCUUUCCUUCUUUUGGGGGCGUGGCCAGGUAUCUCUAAUAGAGAGAUUUCACAGGAGCUAAAUAUCAUUUCAUGUCUGUUCGACUGAAAAUAACAGCAUUUUUGAGUGCCGAGUGCAUUCUAGGCACUUAACAUUCAUUAUGUCCUUGAUUUCGAAUCCCAUCAGAAAGGUAAUAUUUCGUUACUGAAUUGUCAAGAAAAGCUAAGGUCUAGAAAAGCUAAAUAAAUGAUUGGUCCACCAUCACCUAGCAAAUAAGUGGCAAAGCCAAGACAGAACCUCCGCUUUUACCUGUUCCCAAUUUUAUGUCUUCCCACUCCCCUGAUUGCCCUUCUAGAAACUCUAUAAAGGCAGGACUUAACAAAAGCAAAAAGGAAUGUGAUUUAGUACGACAGUCAAGUAAAGUGUGACUCAUCACAAAUGUCCAUAACGUGACAUAUCUCUUGCUAUGAAAUAAUUCAACAACCUCACUCCGUUCGUGCAUACGUGCCAGUCAGCCCCCAUAAAUCCCCUGGGGCAUGUGCCCUAAUGUUCCCUAUUCAUCCCCCAGUCUGAUACCUUGCAACCACACGCUGACAUCACAAUAUUUAUUUUGUUAAUGGGUGGGAACAGAGGAAGUGGCCAUUUAUGGGGCAUGCGUUUUUUUUUUUUAAACGAUUCCAUUCCUGGCAUUUGUGAACACCAAAAGCCCAGCGUUCAGCUCAUUUCCCUGAGGAUUCGAGGUUCUGAAAAGAAUGUUUCGGGAGACUGGGGACUCUUGUCGUUUCUACUUCUAGGAGUAUCUUCUCUCACUAUGAACUCACUGAACAACCAGAGUCAGUAUAGGUGGUGAGAGAGCGAAACAGCAGACAUCUCUUGAAGGAGAAGAUGACAGAGACUAAGGGAAGGCCAGUCUUGGCGGCCAGUGUUCAUGACUCUUUGCCACACCCAAAUCUGGUCGCCAUGAUAUGCCAUCCGCGGUAUUCACGCCACGCCAUUGCUUUUGUUUUCUGAGUAUGGGUUUCAAUGCUUAGUGGUAACCCACAGGGUAUCAUCUUCUCAUUGCAUCUGGUGCCAUCUUCUCACCAACAGCCUCCUUAUUCGUGGACUGUCUGAAAUUCACUGCUCACUUUAGCAGUGAUCAAAAUCAAGCAUCAGGGCCUCACAGCUCCUGACCGACUCAGAGUUCCAGGAUCCGAGGCAAGCCCCACGCUGUCUCCUCACACGUCCCAGUCACAUCUGUCAGGGUUGCUCUGUUGGAAAGAGCUCUGCCCGUAAACUUUUAACUUUCCACUGUGCGAUGUGCGGCCACGCAGGCACUUCCAGGCCCACUUAUCCCCAGGCCAAAUAUCGGGGUAACGACUGCCCUUUGGUGAUGAUGUCCAGACCCUCUGAGGCCCGUUCUCACACUCGGCAGCAUUCUGUAGGCUGCUGGAAAAAACUGGAGAUGGACAGGCUUAUAAAAAACAAGGAAUGUGCCUCCUCCUUAAAGAACCCAUCACCUCAGCAUACUCUCCCUGGGAGGUUUGCAUUCUUUAGAGUCCCCAAGUUUCCAUGCAUAAUCCUGGGCCCGUAGCUUCUGUUUGAGUUGAACUGAGUCAAGAUAGGAAGGACACACACUGUUACGAUUCCCACUUGCAGAUGGUGAAACUAAGACCAAUAGGUUCAAAUCAUUUGACUGGUGUUACAAACCUAACUGAACAUAUAACGGUCAGGCUGGCACCAGAUGCAAUUCAAACGUUAAAUAAGGAUGGUUUUAGUGGUCAUCGGAGGUAUACUUUUGGGGGGUGGACAAAGGUGAAUGCUGCAUACCUAAUGCAUCAGAAGCAGCAAAUGAAAGGGGGUGGGGUGACAAAAGGGGGUGAGAAGGAGCUGUGGUAAGGCCCUCACAGUCAUGAACUAUUAAUGGCCAAGGAAGGGAAAGUUGUUUUUGCCACACGUGGUUGAAUAUGAGCUUUUCAGGGUGUGUGCUCACACCGUCGACUAACUGUGGGGAACUCAGAGGAAAAGACUUACGUUUCUCUUUGCCUUGGUUUCCUCAUUUCCUUAAAGUACAAACAAUACCACCUACCUCACAAGGUUGUUGUACGGAAGAAAUUAGAUAAUCUAGAUCAAGGUUUCUCAAUAGUGGCAUUAUUGAUGUCUGCAGCAGGAAAAUCCUCUGUUGGCCAAGGCAGUGAGGCUGCCCUGUGCAGUGGGGCAUGUUCAGCAGCCACACUGGCCCCCUGGCCCCCUACUAGAUGCCAAUACUGUAUCCCUCACCCUCAGUCAUGACAAUCAGAAACGUCUCCAGACAUUGCCAGAUGUCCCUAGAGAGGCAAAACUGCCCCCGGUUAAGAACCACAGAUUUAGC